AAGCAGCUCCAACUCCCAGCUCGCCGCUUCAAAACCCAAGAACUGGAACUGAUCACCAUCCCGAACCACCAAAUCGAUCCAUGCAAAUCGAGUCAAGCGCUGAUUAACUACUAGAAGGCUAGAAGCACUGGCCGGAAGAUCACCUCACCGUUAAAAAGAGGCAUUCCCUGCAGUUCGUCGCCUCGACCUCGACACAGAGCCUUGCAAGACCGAUGGCAAUGGGAAUGGCUCGCGAGAGGAAGCCGUUGGCCGUUGCCUUGGCCGUGGCGCUGCUCCUGGGGCUGUGCCGCGGCGACGUGGUGCAGUUCAUCUUCGGCGACUCGCUGUCGGACGUGGGCAACAACAACUACCUGACCAAGAGCCUGGCCCGCGCCGCGACGCCGUGGUACGGCAUCGACUUCGGCAGCGGCAUGCCCAACGGCAGGUUCUGCAACGGCCGCACCGUCGCGGACAUCGUGGGCGACAAGAUGGGCCUGCCGCGGCCGGUGGCGUUCCUGGACCCGUCGUUGGACGAGGACGCCGUCUUCAAGAAUGGCAUCAACUACGCCUCCGGCGGCGGCGGCAUCCUCAACGAGACAUCGUCCCUCUUUAUCCAGAGGUUCUCGCUGUACAAGCAGAUCGAGCUGUUCCAGGGCACGCAGACGUUCAUGCGCGAGAAGGUUGGGGCCGCGGCGGCGGACAAGCUCUUCGGCGAGGCGUACUACGUCGUGGCCAUGGGCGCCAACGACUUCAUCAACAACUACCUCCUCCCCGUCUACUCCGACUCGUGGACCUACACGGGCGACACCUUCGUCAAGUACAUGGUGAACACCCUCGAGGCACAGCUGAAGCUGCUCCACGCGCUGGGCGCGCGGCGGCUGACCUUCUUCGGGCUGGGCCCGAUGGGGUGCAUCCCGCUGCAGCGGUACCUGACGUCCUCCGGCAGCUGCCAGGAGUCGACGAACAAGCUGGCGCGGAGCUUCAACACGCAGGCGGGCGCGCUGGUGGCGCGGCUGUCGGAGACGCUCCCCAACGCGACGUUCCAGUUCGGGGAGGCGUACGACUACUUCCAGGACAUCAUCAACCGGCCGUACAUGCACGGGUUCAACAACUCGCGCGCGCCGUGCUGCACGCUGGGGAGGAUCCGCCCCACGCUCACCUGCACGCCGCUGUCCACGCUGUGCAAGGACCGCAGCCAGUACGUGUUCUGGGACGAGUACCACCCCACGGACCGGGCCAACGAGCUCAUCGCGGUCGAGACGCUCAGGAAGCUCAACAUCACCGUCGUCAAUAACGGAACAUCCAGCUAGCUAGCAAACGAACGACGACGGUUUUCUGUGUCUAUUUGGGUUGUAAUUAAAGGAAGAAAAGUCUCUACAACGAACGGAUUAUGUGUAUGAAUGUUUUUUCUUCUUCUGAAACUUACACCGAGAUACAUGUUGCAUUGAAUAGAGGUAGCCCGACGGGCCAAAACUACAAAUAGAACAAAAGGACCCGAAACCCUGUUGCUAUUUUUUUUCCCGCCAACAAGGUGGGGUAGUCGUUGUCUUUUUCUUUUCCUGUAUACAGCCUUUUAGAGCUACAUAUCUAUAUUUAUUUCUAUUUUAUUAAUAGAAACUGUCACUUUCCUA